UGCGUUCAGAUUCGUGUAGCCGUGACGCUGAAGUCUCGCGAGAUGUGGCUGUGACGUAAGGAGUAGCUGUCAGACAGGAGCUGAGGAGCAGGACAUUAAAGGGCUUGCGGGACGCUUCCGGACUGCGGGCUGUCUUAAGAAAACCGGGAAUGUCCCGCGAAAGGCGGGCUCUGCUGGCCGGUAUGUAACAGCCGCUGUAGUGCAGGAUCCGUUGAAGUGUAACGCUUCAGCCGGAGAUGCUCACAACUCAUGGUUGUCUUUACGAGCAGCUUUUGUAGAGCAGGAACUUCCAAGGAGUGUUGGGAGUCGUGCUUCAGCAAAACUAGGGCUAGAGGCUGGCCAUUAGCCACUUUCACCUUAGGCACACAGCUUCCUGGCUUCUAUACUUUCCAAGAGGUUCCGCGGUAUUUGUUUCCUGGCUUCUGCUUGCAGCCUUGUACUUGGCUCUGCAAGAGGCAACGUUUCAGCAGCACUCGGUCAUUUGUGGGCUUGUAUAUUACCCACUGCCACGCAAACUAUUCCUUAUUAGGAACCUCUUUUAAUGCUGAGCUCAUUUUAACACAUUUCAGCUUUUAAGUUAUAUAAGAUCCAAUAACUGGAGUGAAUGGAACCCAGCAUGGGCCAAGCACAAGACAGCAGAGUUGGACAACCAGGACUGCUUGGUUUCCUGCCAUUCUGAUUGGGAAGCCAGCUUGAACAAAGGGAAAAGUAGAAAAGUACCAUACGAGUCCACACAUACAUGGCCACCUUAAAGGGCUCAUUUUCUUUUACCCUGGGCAUAAGUCCAAGAGUACCGACUAAAUGCUAAAGUUGCAACAAAACUUGCUCUCUGGCAAAUUUCUUUUCAAGUUGCCGUCAGCUCCUUGUUCCAGAUUAAACAGCACCUGUGGCACUCACUAGACUUCUUCUCUGAAUGCCACCCAUGCUUGGGGCAUUCCAAGGGGCACCCACAUGUCAUACACUACCUGUCCUCAUUCAACAUAGCACUGCCAUUUGCAGGCACAGCUGUAUUCAGCGCAAAGAGCUGUUCCCCCAACCUGUUCAGCAAAGUGCAAAAACCCAUGCUUGGUAGAGGACUUAAACGCAAGCUGAAUGAUUGUGAGGAGACCAUGAACGACUUUUCUAGUGCCUGUGACUUUAACAGAAAUAUGCCAUACAGUCAUCAGAGGCAGCUGGUGCUGAAUAUGUGCCUCAACAAAUUACAGAGCUAUAAAAUGCUAGUGGAACCUAAUCUACACAGAUCAGUUCUUAUAGCCAAUACAGUAAGACAGAUUCAGGAGGAAACAAGAAAGGAAGCUAGCCAGCUAACUGGGAUUCUGUAUAAUGAUAAUGCCUGCAGCAAUGUAAUAUACCCAGGAAAUGAUUCCAUAGAAAACCCUGUGAAUUUGCCUUGUGGAAUUAACGCCGUCAUCAGUCGAGACUCCUGGCCUUUUGAAAGUCCUGUUGACAGCUUGAUGGAAGUCACUGAUGACGACAUGUCAUCUGCUAUAUCAUCUAUUCUAAAGGAUCUGGACUUUGUGGAAGACAUUAGCCCAUCUCAGACACCGGCCUCUUGUUUGUAUGAACAGCCAAAACCAGUAGAAAGUGGGUGCAAAGUUGGCGACAAACAGGACAUAAAAGGAGGGGAAUGUGUUUUUGGUUCCUUUGAAAUCACAAGUUCUAUAAGUUAUUUGAAAGAUUUAUCUGUAGAUGACAUUUUUGAAGAUAUUGAUACAUCUAUGUAUGACUCAGACUUCAGCUUCUCUUCUUUAAUUUCUGCAAAAGUGCAGCCUGCUGAGGAACCUCUAAAAGUGCUCUCAAUGUGCAAUACCCAAUCAAACAACAAUUUACAGGCCUGCAGAACAGAUUUAAAUGAUUUGGAUCAUAUCAUGGAAAUAUUAGUUGGCUCCUGAUGUUGUAGCACAACAAAGACAGCACUUUGCAGUCCUUUGAUUGGAUGUCAUUAACACAGUGCAACCUCAUUCAUUCAUUUUUUGGAUCACUUUUAAGACAUUAUGUUAAAUUGUAGAUACAAUUUUAAAUGAGUGUGUGUAGAGAGAAAAAUCAAAAUAAAGGUGUUCCGUGCAUCUUUUAGGACAACUUGCUCAACAAAUUAUGAAUUAGGUUAUAUCUUCUAGGAGUUUGGUAUAUUUGAAGUUUUUAUUUUUGAGUACUCCGCAACCAAGACACAGAUUUUUACAGUGUUAAUGAAUAUGCUUUCGACUGAAAGCAAAAGAAAUAUUUGACAGAUGUCAUCCAUUUUCCAAAAACAAACCCCAAUUUUUGUAACAGUUUCAAUCUUUCUAAAUUUUCUUAAAGUUAUUAAGCAGAAAUACAGUAUGUAAUUUGUUGUACAUAGUGGACACUACCUCUUUCUACAUAACGUGCUAUGAUCUAGAGCUUUCCUGUAUAUGCUAUUUAUUUUGGUCUGAUUUACUUUUCACAUCCAUCUUAAUCUAAAAUGACUUGUAAAAUGCAGAGACUCGUGAUUUUGCUUUUUAAUUUAUUCGCAGGAAAAAAAUUUGUUUAUGAAGUUUUUUGUUUUUUACAGUUUAUUGUCUGUUAAUGUAUCUGUGCUGGCAGUGUAUUUCUAGGCAAUCUGAAAUGUAUACCUGGGAACAUCUUAGCUUAGUUUGAGUUUAAUGUAAUAAUAUGGUUAUAACAUUAAGGUUACAUAAGCCUGGCUCCCUGUUCUCCUGCUGAUCUGGCUGACUACUUUUGAGAUUUAAAAAAAAAAAAGGUAACAGUAGUUGACUGCCCUCAGCCUGCAUCCUCCAAAGUCCCACAACUCCCUGCACGUGAUGUCAUUAAGGAAGGAACAUCACAGUACAAUGCAUUGUGGAUUAUGUAGUUCCUGCAUACUGUCUGUAAGCUGUGGAGAAGUUGUUACAAUACAAAAACAUCAAUGUUUUGCUCCCUACAAAUGACACAGAAAGAGAAGAACAGUUUUGCAGCUGAAUUUCAGCAUAUAAAAAUGUCAUUUAUUACAGAUUGCAAUGAUAGGUAUAUUAGGGCUUUCUGUGUUGUGUGGGGAACCAAAUUAUGGUUCAGAAGCCAGAGUUCCUCUUUAAUUUGACUUCUGUUUAGGAGCAAGUAAGUAGCUGCUUCUGUCACUCCUGAUAUUCUGGUAGGUCCAUUCCCAUAGGCUGCUCAUUAAAAUUGCAAGAGACUGUAAGUGACUGUGACCUGGAUGGACCUUAGUAGUGAAUGUAAAAUCUAGAAGGUCCAACCAGAUAUAGUCACAAGUAUCAACAGCUGAUUUAGAUGCACUUUUACUUUGCUGGCAAACAUUCAUUGCAUUUUGGGAGAUUCUUUCUGCAUCUACACAAAAUAUUACCAUAUAUGACUUGGAAUUUGGCCUCCCAGUAAAAAUAUAUAAUUAUGCGCAGUUUUUAGAACCUUUGGGUUCCAACAAGAUGCUGUAAUGAGAUACAUCAUUCAUUUUUAUUGUAGACCAUCAAUCCUACUGUAAUAACUGCAUGAUAUAAAGGGAUCAUGCUUUUAGAUGCUUUUGAUCAACAGGGACAGUUAACUCCAAGCUUCACAGCCCAGAUAUUUUAACUAAAAUACUUUGAGCUAAGUGAUGAGUGUUCCUAUGUAUGUUGUAGAUUGUUUGUUUUUUGUUUUUUUUUUUUGUUUGUCUUUUUGCAUCACUACCUCAAAACUUUGAGUAGUUGACUUUCUUGUGAUAAAUUCUUUGUAGGUAAAUGCAUUUUAAUUUUUGUUCAAACCUCCUAUAAUGAACUAUGCAUUUGUAUGCGCUGUGACUGUAGAAAACUUGCACUUUUACUUUCAUUGUUAAUUUAUAAACCUCUUUUUGACAGAGGUGCCAGUAAAGGACAAUGUUGCUAACCCUU